UUCUUCAAGUAAAACGUUUCCUCGCGAUAUAAAUACUGGCUCUCGGCCACUGUCAGGCAUUCAUGUUUUAACCUCACCGGAUACUACUUGUCGUCGACUCAAGUUGGCCCAUAGCAGAAAUGGCACACACACUUGGAGAAACUGAUUCCAGUCCUGUCAUAGACUACAUACCGAAACCCCCUGUCGUAACUGUGCCGUACAAGUACACUGAAAGGGGAGUGGACCCCCGAAGGUUAUGUCCGCCCUCUGCCAGCAUCCAAUACGCCCAAGUGCUCUACGACGCUCCCAAGUACCACAUGGACACCAGGUAUGAGCGCCCCAUCCCAGCAGCGCCACCGACAGCGCCCAUUUUGUAUCCUCCGUCUCCAUACCAAUACCAAGUGCGCGGGGUAGACCCCAAGAUCACCAAGCCUCCUUCGGCCCCCAUAUUAUACAAGAAGAUUCUGUAUUAGCAAGCGAGAAGAGGGACCUCGCCUUAGCUAAGCCCCGAUACGCAGUCACUGCCGUAUAUGCAUGUAUAGAGAGAGAUGUAUACGAAGCCCAUUGCUACAUGCUGUUGUACCUGUAUUUGUCUAGUCCAUAUGCUACAAUAACAAUAUUUUUUUCAA